GCAAGUGCUUGUGUAGUGCAGGAACAAAUGCAGGAAAAGGCGGAAGCGCAGCCAAUCCGUCCCUUCUCCCUGGAUCCCGUUUCGAAUAUUCAGUCCCGAAAUGCAAUGGUCGUGCAGCUCUGAGCAAUGCCGGCAGCUCUGAGCAAUGCCGGCAGCCCCAACCGUCUUCGGUCUGUCUGCUUUGCUGCUCGCCCUGCGUUGGUUGGCGCGCUGCUUGCUGCGUCGCUAUUGCCGUCGCUGCUGCUACCGCUCCUCACAAUGCUCGUGCGUGCGUACUGUACUGUACUACUGUACGUGUACGGCCUUGGCCCAAAUCGAUCACUGUCUCUCGCCUGUCACACCAACACGACAAGGACGACACAGACACCAGGACCUGGGAUGGAAGGGAGGGCGCCUGCCUCGUGGGUUUUGCAACCACCUUCCUCGUCUCGUCCCGUCUCGACUUGUGCUACUGCUGCUGCUGCUGCCAAUCUGCUGUCGUUUUCUCACGCCUCAAACCCAAGGCAGUCGACCUGGCCAACCGGACGGACGGAAGAGGACAGACAAAAGACGCAUUCCUCGAUUUCCCCACACCACGUUUAUCCGACGACUGCUUGCUUGCUUGUCCCGGGUUCAACAGCCACGCAUGCACGCACGCGGUAAGUUGGCUUCGUGUUCCUCUCCCAGCCGCUCGAAUAGCCGGGAUGGUGUUGCUCCUGUGAGCUGAAUAUGCAGCACAGAACAGACGAAGAGAAAGUCCAGAAAAGCUCGCGAGGUAAGACAAUUGUGUCACCCAAAGCUGUGCGGUGCGGUGCGGUGCGGUGCGGUGCGAUGCUCCCCUGACCCUAGUCGCUCUAUUUCGUGGGUAGCCUGUCAAGGCGAAGACAGCGAUAUCGACUUGCUCCUUCUCGAACAAUCGUGACGGACCUCGGGUUUACCAGCACUGAUGCGUAUUCCCGGUCUCCUAGUUGUGUUCUAUGCUGUUCGUGCCGGCAGGUGAAUGGAUCUGCCUCUGGUAUACUUCUGUUGGUCCG